AUGUGCUCGCAGUGGAGAGAAUCGGAGAAGAGGGGUCAAUGGGGACGCCACCCGCGAACCUUCUGGAAAUCCCUGGUUUUCAGGGUAAAUUUGCAUUCCCGAUGGCUUGACGAUCUCUAUGUCGAGUCCCCGUCCCUCGGUAGACCGAUCCGACUCUUUCCUGCUCUCAAGCCCAGGGAAGGGAGGCCGGGGAAGGUCUUCAUUAUUCAUUGCUCAAAACGUGUGCCAAGCCUGAGUGCAGGAGUGGCCGGUCGUCUGGACGACUAA